AUGGAUGAUAACAAUUUGAUGGAUGAUAAUUUGGCGGAUCUUGAUUUGAACCAAGAACCCUUGGACCCACCUGUGAAUUCAGAUGCGAGAUUUAGAUCUUUGUUGAAUGAGUUGGAAACUACCCAUGGUAGGAUAGAGGAAAGGAUUCGACAGCUUCAAGCUGUCACUACUCGUACUAGGCAGCGCCGGAGGUGGCGCCAAUUGCGUAAUUCUGUGGAUAUAAGUGAUUUUUCAGGUGAUCAUGUGGUUAAUGUGGAUGGUGAGAGAGGUGCUCUGGGUGCUGAGAGGGGAAGAGGUUGUAAAAGGGGUAGUUCCCAUUUGGUCGCAAAGGCUUUGGAGAUGGAUUCCGAUGUUAAGAAGGUUGAUAAGGAAGGAGGGAGCUUUUACGAUUGUAAUAUAUGCUUGGAGGUGGCGAGGGAACCUGUCCUGACUUGCUGUGGUCACUUGUUUUGUUGGGCGUGCUUUUAUCAAGCGUCGUAUAUUGAUUCGACUUCCAAGGAAUGUCCAGUUUGCAAGGGAGAGGUAUCUGAUAGCACUGUUAUUCCUAUUUACGGGAAUGGGGAGAGUGAACGUGUGGCUGAGUUGGAAUCCGGCUUGAAAAUACCUCCGAGGCCCAAAGCUCGGAGAGUUGAGAGUGCGAGGCAGCAGCAAGUGACAAAUGUUUUAUCUCAUGUUCCAGUUGCAGAAGCAUUGAGGCGGAUUAGGAUUAGUAUUGGUGCAAUGGAGGAUCAAACUGAGGGUGGGAGUCGUAAUUUAAGGUUUGAGCCUGAUGUUCCAGAGGUGCAAACUGGAGAGGCAGCAGGCCACCACCGCCGGCUCCGCCGCCUCCCUAGGAGCAGGCAGGUUUCAAGAUUAUUAUCCGAAAGUGCUGCUAAUGCUGAAAGGUUAGUUGAUGACCUUGGAACAGUUCUAAACAACCGGUUGAGUGACACCCGGGGUUCAUCAGUUGAUAUUGGAAAUAAUCCUCUUGCUAGUGAUUCUGCUGUCAUACAAUCAGAUCAUCAGGCUCUAGAUUCAAGUGCAGCUAUUUCCUCUUCCCAAACAAGGGAUGGUCCAAGUACUGUUGUACAUAUCCUGGCAACGACGGCUUCUAGUGAAAUCAAUUUGCCAACCGUACCUUCUUCUUCAACUACCCGUAGAAGAAGAGUUUUGUCUAGGGUUUCAAAUGCAGACAAUCAGGAUUCCCGUGAAUCUAGGAGGAGAAGAUUGAGCUGA